CUCAUACAGAGGUGCUGCUGGGUGCCCAGCCCUGGGCCCUCCGCCUCCUGAUCCCACGGCGACCGAGGGUCCAGCAGGCCAUGCAGCUGUGCCAAGGCGCCUCCAGCAUGGCAGCUGCCGAAGUGCCUGGCUACCUGGUGUCCCCUCAGACAGAGAAGCACCGGCGGGCCCGCAACUGGACCGACGCCGAGAUGCGCGGCCUCAUGCUUGUCUGGGAGGAGUUCUUUGACGAGCUCAAGCAGACCAAGCGCAACGCCAAGGUGUACGAGAAGAUGGCCAGCAAACUCUUCGAGAUGACUGGCGAGCGCAGGCUGGGCGAGGAGAUCAAGAUCAAGAUCACCAACAUGACCUUCCAGUACAGGAAAUUAAAAUGCAUGACAGAUAGCGAGUCUGUCCCGCCUGACUGGCCCUAUUACCUAGCCAUUGAUAGGAUUCUGGCCAAGGUCCCCGAGUCCUGUGAUGGCAAACUGCCGGACGGCCAGCAGCCGGGGCCCUCCACGUCCCAGACCGAGGCGUCCCUGUCGCCGCCUGCUAAGUCCACCCCUCUGUACUUCCCGUAUAACCAGUGCUCCUAUGAAGGCCGCUUCGAGGACGAUCACUCCGACAGCUCCUCCAGCUUACUGUCCCUUAAGUUCAGGUCAGAGGAGCGGCCGGUGAAGAAGCGCAAGGUGCAGAGCGGCCACCUGCAGAAGAAGAAGCUGCGGCUGCUGGAGGCCAUGCUGGAGGAGCAGCGCAGGCUGAGCCGCGCCGUGGAGGAGACCUGCCGCGAGGCGCGCCGCGUGCUGGACCAGCAGCACGUGCUGCAGGUGCAGAGCCUGCAGCUGCAGGAGCGCAUGAUGAACCUGCUGGAGAAGAUCAUCGCCAAGUCCAGCGUCUAGGCCUGCUGGGCCGGCGGCCAGGGCUGGGUGGCCGGGGCGCUGCUCACGCCGACCGGGCCAGCGGGGCCCAGUGGCCUGCCCCCCGGGCAGGGCCCUGGAGAGAGGGUCCACCUGGCCUCUGGUGGGCUCUCCUGGUCAGAUGUCCCUUCUGAGGGGCUUGUGAGGACCCCGGGCCCUGGGGGACAGGCAGACUUCCGUCUCCAGAGUUAACGUCCUUCCUUGGACACAAGCCAGAGACUCCCGGGUGGCUCCUGGUAAGAACGUCCUAGAACCUGCCCUCCAGCAUUGUCACGAUCAAUGAUACUUGAAAUGGCUUUUGAUAUUAAACGUGUACUUUUUGCA